ACAGGUGUUUAAUGCGUCACGCGAGCAGGCGCCACUCACAGUCCGAGUUUCGUUUUCUACCUGAACAAGGCGACGGCCAUAUUUGACAACCUGUUGUGUCUGUGUCGUAUCUGUAGCUCAGUCCCAGCGACUUACCCACACACCUGACGUCAGAAGAUGACUGCCCCCCACGUUGUCGUCAUCCAGAGGAACCACAAGUACCUGAAGGAGUUCCUUCAGGUGGACCCUGUGCUGGACGCCUUGUUGCAGGACGGUGUCUUCACACAGGCGGACUAUGACAGGUGUAGACAGGCUGGGCCGGAGAAAUGUGAGAUGCUGUUAGAAAUAUUAAAGAAGAAGGGACAAGACGGAUACCGGACACUGUGUGCUGUCCUUGAUUCCUCACAGCCGUUCAUCAAACAACGGCUUGAUGAAACCUCCAUGGAAGCAGGAAGUGCAGAUCUCGUCUAUGUCAACAAGUUCAAGCUGGAAGCUCAGUACAAAAAGGAAAAAGAGGACCAGGUAGCUGAAAUGCAAUCUGUAAUGGAAAGACUUGCGGAACAAAUAAAACAAAAAGACUUGGAUAACGCUGAACGGGAGGAAGCAAUUAAAAUGGAAAGAGAGGACCACAUAGCACAGAUAGAAAAGCAGAAGGAGGAAGUUGAAGCUCUGAAGAUGCAGCUGUCAAAGUCAAACGAUGAUUUGCAGCAGAAUCAGGCAGAACGUGACGACGCGAAGAAGAGACUGCAUGAAGAACAGGAGGCAUACGAGGCCUUGUCGGGGGAUCCUAGGCUACAGUCCCCAGAUAAAGAAGACAUUGCAGUGCCGGUCCAUCAUACAGGUGCAAUUGACAGAAUGUGCCAGUUUUCAACUCAAUCUUGCUGUGAUAAAAGUCAGCUUCGUCUCCUUCCCUGCCUCCAUUCUGCCUGCAAACCAUGCAUUGAUCACCACACCGCCCAAGCACAGCAGAAGUGCCUCCAAUGUCCCUGUGGUCGUGAGUUCAACACGGAACAGACUGAAGUAGAUCAUGUUGGACGCAAUGAGGCUGCCUAUGCUGCCAACGUUAAGGGAGACAAGAAAUGUAACUACAUCGAGGGAGAUCAUGACGCAAAGGCUGAGGUGUACUGUCACGAAUGUGAUAACCUGCUCUGCUCCGACUGUCAUAAACUACAUGACGUACCGAAACGGAAUAGAAACCACAGAGUGGAGGAGGUCAAUCAGACAGAGAAUAUACCCAUGAGGCAUUGGCUGAAGGAACCUAAUUGCACAGACCACCCAAACAAUGAACUCCAGCUGUAUGACCACACGUGUAAGAAGGCUAUCUGUAUUGUAUGUCUACAUGGGGCCCAUAACGAUCACAAGAAAGAAGACUUGAAUCAUGCCCAUGAGAAGGCAAAGGGUCAGCUGGAGGAACAGUUGCAGAAUCAACGACGUAAACUGAAAGAUGUCACAGACAGAAUGGCAACUGUCAACAGUCACCAAGAUGAACUGGGGGAUAAACAGAGAACUCUGGAACAAUCCAUCAUUACGGUUUGUAAAAGUGUGGCUGUAAAGUCCCUUCAUCGACAGCGAAAACUGAGGGAAGAGGUUCAAAUGAGUCUGGAGGCCCCAAAUAAAACAGUUCAAGAGACCCUUGACACUAUACAUGACGUCCAUACUUCCAUUGCAUCCACGAUAGACUACACACAGAGAACACUGGAAUCCACAAGAAGAGAGGAGCUCAUCACUCUCACUGCUGCAAUACUGAAGAAAUGUGAUGAAAAUCUGAAGAGGGAACUUCCAGAAGAUGACACAAGAGAUACGAGAAUCCUCCUUUCCUUUCAAGGCCAGAAAGCCCUGGAGGAACUCAUCGAUACAUUUGGUGGCCUUGUCUCCUCUCUUGACUUAGAUCAUAUUCCAGACACACAGCAUACUUAUCAAGGUCUGCUUCAACAGAUACACCUGCUGACAUUGAGAGAACAAGAUACAAACACGCUACAUGAAGGACGAUGGUACCAGCUUGUCAAGAUUUUAUUUCCCAUCCUAGGAAUCAAGGAAUCCGACUCUACUGUAUCUGGAUCACAGGAACUCCAGCCUGCACAGCCGACAUCACAAGACGUUUAUGAAGUUGUGACCAAAUUCAUAAUUGGAUCACUCAUGUCCACGGAGACGCUUCCACGUGGAAUUUGCUUGACAGGCUCUUUCUGUCCAAUGCACAUCCUAAGAAAGGGCAGCAGUGUCAAAUACAUCAUCUGUCCUAAACUACAACUGGACGCUGCUCGAGCCAACACAGACGGGUGCCACGUAACUACAGACGGUGAGCUGGGCAACUCGCCGCCCGCCACACGACACAGAGACAGCGGCAGGUUACAGAGACACAGAGGCAGCGGCAGGUUACAGAUACACCGCAGCACCUGUAGUUCCACCCCCAUCCCACUUCCUCCACCCCCCUCUAAUGUCACCCCUGCCCCACACACACCACGAUACUGGGAAACCCACUCCCGGGUGGGUGUGGUGGGUGGAGGGUUGGGGUGGUCUGCCCUGGAGAUGGGUGUGGGGGAGGAGAGCCAGGUGGACAGUGGGUUGUAUGUUCGUGCACAGCGCCGCUCCUGGUGUGUCGGUGUAGGGAGCUGUGACACACACCGGGGGAGUAUCUGUACCAGGGUGUGGCAGCCGGGGGAGCGGGGGGGGUGUUACAGAAACACAAUGUCUGCCACACCCGGCACACAGGCCACCCUCCACUAUGGCGUUGUGCUGGACGUGGGGAGGGGGAGACUCGCCUUCAUCGAUAUCGACAGGGGGAUUCUUAUGGCCAAGUUGGAUGUUGAGUGGAGGGAGUCUCUUCUCCCCGUGUUUGGUGUUGGGCCGCCAGGUAACUUCACAGUCAACAUGAAGGUGGUCAGCGGGGUGGACAUCACCAUGACUGACUCCAAGAAGUCACUUAUUUAUAACGCGCUCACAUAGGAAAUAAAAUAAACAUGACAUUGUGUAAACUUGUAAGUGUGACAUAGUUAUUUAAACUGUCAAAAGUAAUGUGAUUUUAUUGAUUGAGGCGGACAUAGAAGUUACCUGUCUUUGUGUAGUUUGUUGUGUACAAGAAUGUAACAAGGUUAGCUAAAUGUUUUGUUUUCUACUUGACUGGUUUCUGUUGUGUAUUAGAAACAUUUUGCAUCCUCACAUGAGUAUUGUUAUGAAUAUGAAUCUGCGGUAAUCGAUCAGUUUAUCACACAUUUCCUACAUUUCCGGGAAAUGGCACAACAAUCAACUGAGUGCACAAAUUCAUCAAAAGUUGACAUGGUCCGUUUCUUCUCUGUAAUAUAAUUGUUUCAAAUCCCCACAUGAAUAGUGUUGUGCUGAAAGUAUUGCAGUUGUGCCUCCACAUUGCCACAUUUGGUGUCGGUGAAGAAAUGGGAUGAAAGUGAUUGAAGCGGACAUAGAAUGUACCGGUGUACAUGUGACGGGUGUACGGAAAUGUUACAAAGUUCACUGAAUAUUAUGUUUCUCUAUUCUCAUGCGUCGUGCUGUGUGGGGAAAACACUUAGGAUACCCACAGUAGUGUUUGUUUAAUUAUCUGCUCUGAUUAUGUCAAAUAUUGUGUGGACAUAAGGUAGCACGCGGUGCUGUGCACAGCGAGAAGGCACAAGUCAGGUGAAGUGAAGCAACGUCGUUCACAGAGAUUAUUAUUCGGCAGCUUGGCUUCUGAGAGUUUCUAGGGCUUCGGUCCUACCCCACACUGAAGCACAUGUAAUUUAAGACACGUGGUGUCUCCUUGGGCAUGUGUCUUUGUUCGAAAUGUGCCUCUGUUCACCCAGCAGUACCCCAGAUGAUGAGAUGGUAAUGUGGCUGUUAACCUUCCAGCGCCUCACGGGCAGGUUGGGUUGUAUACUCCCCAGGGAGGUGAGAAUGAAAAAAUCGAGUGCACACUUUUUCAUUGAUCGGGGUAUUAAUGUUGGCGCUUGAGCAUACACCUUGUGUAAGGAGUUUAGCAUAUUAUAUAAGUACAUUUUUAUUAUUAUUAUUAUUAUUAUUAUUAUUAUUAUUAUUAUUAUUAUUAUUAUUACUACCACAUCCCAAAAGUGCCGUGAGCAUAAUAAUAUUUAUCUGUACAUGUAU